AAUUACUAACUUAUUCUAACUCCUUCCUCCGGCCCCAGGGCAACUGAGCUGUAGAACAAACAACCGGGAGACAAACAUAGGAGGGUUUGACGACGAAUUUACAGGUUGCCAAUAAGCUUCCACAUGUGUCGUCCGUCACCUUUGUACCCCCAUGCUUCUCCCCUCCAUUUAUCCUAGCUGAAGUAUAAAAGUCUGCCACAUUUUCCCUGUUCGUUCUCCCUCCCCAAUCCCCCUUCUUUCCCUGUUUUCUCCUGACAAUUCACCGCUUCCACUGCACUCACCACCCAUCACACACACAGAGCUUCAGUUCAUUCAUCAUCAUGUCUCGCCGUCAACCCCCAGUCAGCUGGGAAGAAGGAGAGAACACGACGACCCGGCCAUACAUGGAAGAAACAAUUGAUGAACCCUGUAUCGGACCUGAACCUUUGCCAUCUUCCCUCACUUUCAGUAACUGGUCAAAUCGUGAUUAUAUUCCCCAGCCGCAGCCGCAGCCUGAGCCUCCGUCACAGUUCCAGGCUUCAUUCGCUUACUCGGACCCACAGAGAACUUCAACCUCUACGAUCGAACUGGCACAAAUACCCUGGCAACAGCCCUGGGAAGCCUCUCAUCAGGCCUACGGUGUUAAUACCCCAACACUUCCAUCUCCUUGGGAAGUCUCUCAUCAGGCCUACAAUGUUACCCCAACACUCCCACCUCCUUGGGAAGUCUCUCGUCGGACGUACGAUGUUACCCCAACGCUUCCACCAUUCAUUCCCUACCCUCUUCCAUCCUCGUCUCAACAACAACAGCAAGGAACAACGUCUUACCCUUCCCGACAGAUUUAUCCCGCCAGCACCACCAUCGUCACCGUCCUCCUUCAAAGCGAAAACAGCGCGACAGUCGGCCCAAUGGGCAAUGAUACCGGUCAACUUACCAUCUAUCGGAAUUUCCGCGCCAAACCUUCCUUCCCCCCGACUUGCACCCCAACCGAAGAAGAGUUGGAUGCCUGUUUGGACUUCAAAAACCGAUUGAGGGAAUUGUACGUUUCUAAUACCUUGCCGUUUUAUGUUCAACCGGAAGAUCCACCGAGAGGGAGUGGAUAUCAACGUUCACAAACGGGGAUGGAGAUUGAGAACACGACAGAUCAACGGGGAAGAACGAGAACACGACCUUCUUGGGAUUGGAACGCAUUCUGGGACUGGUCGACUAUCGAUAACGAAUAUAAGAUGGAAGGGUACGCCGAGACAGCGAAAGCGCAAACUUUGGCUAAUAUCAGUGCGAGCCAGAGGGUAAGCGGGGGGAGUAGUGGGCAGAGAAGGGCGUGGAAAGUUAAUUACAAAGUGGUAGACCAAGACGAAUUCAUGACGAGCCAUCCAAAGACGGAUUGUGAAGGCAACUUGAUCGAGGGCGAACAUCAUGGGUUGAGCGAGGAGAGGGCUAGGAGAUGGAAACAUGAAUGGAUUGGGGGCUAGACUAGAUUAGAUUAGACUGGAUUGCUAGACGUCCAGCAGAUAUUGAACGAUUCAUAAGUUUUCGGGUGGGGGCGGGGAUUGAGGUAAGCACUGACAUACGUUUCGGUAAUCAGAUAUGAUUGAUAUGAUAUGGUGUUGGGGUAACCAAUGUAGUUCAAUA